AUGAUACAUGGUCCCUGUGGAACUCUUAAUCAAAAUUCACCGUGUAUGAUGGAUGGUAAAUGUUCAAAACGAUAUCCACGGACAUUAAUAUCGGAAACAAUUACUGGUAAUGACGGUUAUCCAUUGUAUCGUCGCAGAUCGACAGCAGACAAUGGAAAAUCAACAAUUGUCAAAUUAAAUCAACAAGAUAUUGAAAUAGAUAAUCGUUGGAUUGUUCCAUAUUCACCCAUUUUAUCAAAGACAUUCAAAGCACACAUCAACGUUGAAUCUUGCCAUUCAGUGAAAUCUAUUAAAUACAUUUGCAAAUAUGUAACCAAAGGGAGUGAUAUGGCUGUGAUUGGAAUUGGUGCAGAAAAUUGCAAUGAUGAAGUUACCCAAUACCAAAUGGGCCGCUAUGUCAGUAGUAAUGAAGCAGUUUGGCGAAUAUUUUCUUUUCCUAUUCAUGAGAGACACCCUUCUGUUGUUCACUUAGCUGUGCAUUUAGAAAAUGGACAAAGAGUGUAUUUUACAGCACAGAACGCAGUACAAAGAGCUGCUCAGCCACCAUCUACUACAUUAACCAGUUUUUUUGAGACAUGCCAAAACGAUGAUUUCGCACAAACAUUGCUAUAUUCUGAAAUGCCAAAAUAUUAUACCUGGAAUCAAUCCUCAAGGAGAUUUAUACGACGGAAACAAGGAAAACCAGUUCCAGGAUAUACAGAUGUAUAUUCCACCGAUGCGAUUGGCCGGAUUUAUUCAGUACAUCCAAGCAAUGAUGAAUGUUUUUACUUACGACUGCUAUUAGUCAAUGUACGUGGCCCAACAUCAUUCCAACAGUUACGAACUGUUGAUGGUGAAUUGUGUGUAUCCUACAGAGAAGCCUGUCAACGUUUGCAAUUGCUUGAAAAUGACGCUCAUUGGGAUCAAACUCUCAAUGAUGCUGUAAUAUCAUCACACGCUCAUCAAAUACGAACAUUGUUUUCUAUAAUCAUAUCUACAUGCUUCCCAUCAAACCCAAUUGAUUUGUGGAUCAAGUACAAAGAUUAUAUGUGUGAUGAUAUUUUGUAUCAAAUACAGAAUAGAAUGGGAAAUCCAAAUAUACAAAUCAGUGAAGAAAUUUACAAUGAAGCAUUGAUUUCAAUUGAGGACAUGUGCUUGAUAAUGUCAAACAAACUAUUAAUUCAAUUAGGCCUGACCGCGCCCAAUCGUCCAAUGCAUGACGCUUUUAACCAAGAGUUGCAUCGAGAAAGACUGUAUGAUCUCAACGAUUUGAAAGAAUUAAUUCAAACAAAUCUUCCACUGUUAAAUGAACAACAGAAGUAUGUAUUUGAAACUCUUAUGAAAGUAACAAAUGAUGAAACUGGAGGGAUUUACUUCUUAGAUGCACCUGGUGGUACAGGAAAAACUUUUUUGAUUUCAUUAAUAUUAGCAACAAUUCGCUCACAAAAUAAAAUUGCACUUGCACUCGCUUCGUCGGGAAUCGCAGCAACUUUGCUUGAAGGUGGUCGAACAGCCCAUUCAGCACUAAAAUUGCCAUUAAAUAUGCAUAGCAAUGAAACUCCAACCUGCAACGUUUCGAAGAACUCUGCAAUGGCAAAGGUUUUGCAGCAAUGUAAAUUGAUUGUUUGGGAUGAAUGCACGAUGGCACAUAAAAAAUCUUUGGAGGCUUUGGACAGAACCUUAAAAGAUCUACGGAGCAAUAAUAACCGAUUUGGUGGUGCAAUGAUUUUAUUAGCAGGAGAUUUUCGUCAAACAUUGCCGGUGAUUCCACGAUCAACGCCAGCUGAUGAACUCAAUGCAUGUCUAAAGUCCUCCAGUUUGUGGAAACAUGUCAAAGUACUUCAUUUAAGCAAGAAUAUGCGUGUCGAGUUGCAAAAUGACCAAUCUGGAAACAUAUUCUCUAAACAACUCAUUGACAUUGGUAAUGGCAAAUUUCCUAUAGACAUGUUGACUGGCUGCAUUAACUUUCCUCUAAGUUUUUGUCAGUUAACUCGAACAAAAGAUGAACUUAUUCAGAAGGUGUUUCCAGAUGUUUCUCAAAAUUACAGAAACCAUGAUUGGUUGAGCGAACGAGCUAUACUGGCUGCAAAAAACAUAGAUGUAAAUGAAUUAAAUUUCAAAAUUCAAGAACAAAUUACAGGCGAAUUGAGAAUAUAUAAAUCAGUUGAUUCGGCUACUAAUCAAGAUGAUGUAGUCAACUAUCCACCGGAAUUUUUAAACUCGCUGGAUUUGCCAGGAUUGCCACCUCACAAUCUUCAAUUAAAGGUUGGAUCGGUGGUUAUAAUGUUGCGAAAUAUCAACCAACCGCGUCUUUGCAACGGUACACGGUUAGCGAUAAAAAAAUUACUAAACAAUGUGAUAGAAGCAACUAUACUCAAAGGAAAGUAUAAAGGAGAAGAUGUUCUCAUACCGCGCAUCCCAAUGAUUCCGACUGAUGUGCCAUUUGAGUUUAAACGACUACAGUUUCCAGUGCGUCUUGCUUUUGCUAUGACUAUAAACAAGUCCCAGGGGCAAUCAUUAAGUGUUUAUGGUAUUAAUCUAGAAAACCCAUGUUUCUCACAUGGUCAAUUGUAUGUUGCCUGUUCCCGUGUUGGAAAACCAUCAGAUUUGUUUAUCUAUGCGCCAGGUAAUCAAACAAAAAACAUCGUAUACCACAAAGCACUACAAUGA